UGAAUUAGAUAUUGAAAACAACCAAUAAACUUUCAUGAGUUCACGUCCAAACACAUACAGAUGUAGCAAGUCUUCUCCAUUUCUAAAAUUCUGAACCAAACCAAAAACCUUCAAACUUGAGACUUCAAAUUAAGAUGCAUUCUAGUUGACCUCAAGUCAGCGUCUUUUUGUUUACGUUUUUUUUCUUUUUCUUUCUUUUCUUUUCGUCUGCCACGUUUUCUAGGAUUAGUAAGAUGCUAUUCUUUUUCUAGGAUUAUUCAUUGAGACCAUUUGGGUUUUCAAGAUUCUUCCUUGCAUUUGGUUUUUCUACUUCCUUUUUCUUGUGAUUUGAUCAUAUAUUUUAUAUACAUGAAUCCAGAAAAAAUGGACAACAAGAAGAAGGGGAAGACGAUAAUGGGUAGAGGCUUAGUAGACUUGGUGCUUUCUUGGUCAAUUGAGGAUGUACUCAAUAAGGAUCUUUACAAACCACAGGUGAAUAAGAUUCCAGAGACAUUCACAUCAACAUCACAUUACCUGAAGACAUUCAUUCCCCCACUAGUUGAGGAAGCUCAUGCUGAUUUGCUUUCUAAUAUAGAAUCACUUCCUCGAGCACCCACAGCUGAAAUAUACUCUGUUCAUAUAUCCUCCAAGUUAUAUAAACCUCCAAAAGACUUGUUCUACGUGAUCUUACUCAAAAGGAGAGGGACAAAGGUUGAUGCAGGAGCAUAUCAGCCUCAGGUUGGAGAUGUUAUUGCCCUUACAUAUGUCAGACCAAAAUGUACUGAUGAUUUGUGCAGAUCCCCACAAUCCUACCUUGUUGCUUAUAUUCAUGGAGUCAAAAGUGAAGAUUCUGAUAAACUCUCAAUACUAUCAUCAAAGCCCAUCAUGAUUGAACAAGAUACGCAAAAGAACAACAAGAAACAAACUCUUUUUGCUGUUUAUUUGAUGAACUUGACGACAAAUGUUCGUAUAUGGAGAGCAUUAAACUCAGAGUUGGAAGGGAAGAACAGGAACAUCAUUGACAAAGUCCUGCAAAGUAAUUCCAGUGGUUGUGAGAAGUGUACCAUUUGCUCAUCUGUAGAAAAGAAUGGUGUUUUUUUGUCACAUGUAAGAGAUAUUUCCUGCGGCUUUGACUUAAAUGACUCGCAAAAAGCUGCUGUUUUGAGCUGUAUCGCUGCAAGUGGAUGCUCUCAUCAGAAUACUGUCAAAUUAAUAUGGGGUCCUCCAGGAACUGGGAAAACAAAGACAGUUGGUUUUCUGAUAUAUGCACUAUUUCAAAUGAAAUGCAGAACGCUUACUUGUGCACCAACUAAUAUUGCAGUGUUAGAAGUGGCAGGCCGUGUCCUGAAUUCAGUUGUCAAGGAUCUUGAGUAUGACACUUAUGGGAUUGGAGAUAUAGUUCUAUUUGGAAAUCAGGAGAGAAUGAAAAUUGAUAAUCAGAGCGAACUUGUGGAUGUAUUUCUUGAUAAUCGUGUGGAAAUACUUACCAGUUGUUUUGCUCCAAAUUCUGGCUGGAACCAUAGUCUGGCAUCCAUGAUAAGUUUACUUGAAAACCCUGAAGAACAGUACUUCAUUUACUUGCAGAAGUACACAGCUGAGAAGGAAAAAGAGGAUAAGAAUGGUGAAAAGGAGAAGAUAAUUAACCAGGAAAGGAAAGAUGAGAAUUAUGAUCAAAACUGCAAAGGAAAGAACAAAAGAUACGGGAAGAAAGUAUCUGUAAAUGAAAACAAAAGUAAGGGAAAACAAAUGGCAAGUUUGCAUAUCCAGAAACAUCAGCAGAAAUUGGAAGAUAAGGAAGAAGAGCUUGGAAAUGGCUGCUCUAAAACCGAGAACAAGAAAAUUGAAGAGGAUGAGGUUAAAAAAUGCAAUCCUUUGACAAAGGAGGAAUUUGUACAGAAAAGUUUCAAAUCCAUUGGAGAACGGUUGAAAUUCUGCAUUGUAAAUUUGUACACACACUUACCAACUUCUUUCAUUCCAUUGGAGUUGGUGAAGAACAUGAUCAGAGCUCUUGGUUUGCUAAGAUCGCUUGAAGCUUCAUUGCUUAGUGUCAACACUGACAAUCAGGGGUUAAAGCAGGUCCUCAAGGAAUAUGAGGAUGUAGAAAGCAGAAUUGGCAACUAUACGAAGCUGAGAAACAAAAUAAAAGAAUGUCUCGUGACAAUAAAGUUACUUUCUCAAACGUUCCCAGUUCCAAAUUUUGCUAAUAAUACUUAUGCGAUAAGAGAAUUUUGCUUGCAGAAUGCAUCCCUUCUUUUCUGUACCACAUCAAGUUCCGUUAAAUUGCAUGGAAAGGGAAGGAAACCUCUGCAUUUCCUGGUUAUUGAUGAAGCUGCACAGCUUAAAGAAUGUGAAUCAGCCAUUCCCUUACAACUCUUUGGGCUUCAGCAUGCUAUUCUUGUAGGAGACCAAAAGCAAUUACCUGCAAUGGUCAAUAGCAAGAUUUCUGAGGAGGCUGGUUUUGGAAGAAGUUUGUUUGAGAGGCUUGUGAAGUUGGGAUACAAGCAGCACCUCCUCAAUAUUCAAUAUAGAAUGCAUCCAUCCAUAAGCUUAUUCCCAAAUAGAGAGUUCUAUGGCAAGCAGAUUUUGGAUGCUCCAAAAGUCAAAGAAAUAAACCAUAAGAGAUGUUUCCUGAAGGGAAAUAUGUAUGGUUCCUAUUCUUUUAUAAAUAUAACCCAUGGGAAAGAGGAAUUUGAUGAGCAACAGAGUUUGAAAAAUAUGGUUGAAGUUGCUGUGGUUGCUGACAUAGUUGCAAAUCUGUUUGAAGAAUUCAUUGGCAGAAAGAAGAAAAUAAGCAUAGGUGUCGUAUCUCCAUAUAAGGCUCAGGUUCAUGCAAUACAAGAUAAGACUCUAAAAUACAGUUCAAAUACUGAGGGGGAAUUCUCCGUAAAUGUUCGCUCUGUUGAUGGUUUUCAAGGUGGUGAGGAGGAUGUGAUAAUUUUCUCUACUGUUAGAAGUAACAAUAAAGGAUCAGUGGGUUUUCUUUCAAACUGUCAAAGAGCAAAUGUGGCAUUAACACGUGCAAGAUAUUGCCUUUGGAUAUUGGGAAAUGAAACAACUUUAAGUAAGAGUGGCACCAUUUGGAGGAAACUGGUCAGUGAUGCCAAGAAAAGGGGAUGUUUCCAUAAUGCUGAUGAGGACAAGAGAUUGGCUCAAUCUAUUAUCACUGCACUGCUAGAGCUUAAUCAACUUGAUACUUUACUGCAAAUGGAUUCUCUUUUAUUCAGAAUGGCAAGAUGGAAGGUUUUCGUCAGCGAUGAUUUUCGGAGAUCUAUGGCAAGAAUUGAGGAUGUUGAUAUCCGUAAGCAGGUGAUUUCUCUCGUAGCAAAGCUUUCAAAUGGUUGGCGUCCACCUGGCAAGAAGAAUAAAAUAAGUAUGCGUGAUGAGACUUCUCAACUGUUAGAGCUAUACGGGGUUAAGGAGCAGCUAACAGUUGCUUGGAAUAUAGACAUUUGCCAAGAGAAUUCAUUUCAACAUCAAGUGCUGAAGUUUUGGGAUGUUUUGCCUUCAUCUGAUAUUCCAAAGCUAUCACAGAGUCUCGACAACUUGUUCAAAACUUAUACCAAGGAAAAGAUGAAUCUCUGCAAAUAUCAAUGCCUGGAGAGGAACUUGGUUGUACCAAUGAGAUGGCCAGUGAACCCAUCUGGUGCUGAAGGAAGUAGCUCUGGAGCUGAUCUUUUGCAGCUGCCAAAAUCAUUUGCAUCACUCACUAUAAGAGAUGGAUCAAGUUCUUCCGGCACAGCUCACAAAAACCAAUUCAAGUACAAAAUGAAGAAAAAAAAUUCCAGAUGAUAAGGAUCCAAGAUGAGGCAGCAGACUUGUGGCGUGCCCAUCCUAUGAAUAUCUAUACAGAAAGAGGAAGCUGCUCUCAAGUCUGAAUUGAUGCAUAUGACCUCCAAAAUAAUAUAGGAAAAUCAUUUACAAAGCUUAGAAGGUGAAAGUGAAAAAUGAAUUUAUGUUCUCAUACGGUUAUUAGAUUAUCAUACAGUGACAUAGUUCAAGAGUAAUAGUAAGAAUAAUUAUGAAGUUAGCAAUUGCACUUACUUUUUGCCUUGAGAUUCUCAUUAUCAUAAUUUCAAACAUCAAACAUGCACUA